GGCAAACCUCAGAGAAGAAGGUUGUUCAAGGUUGUUACGAAGUGCGCCAAAUAUUUGACAAUUCAGUGCGAGCUUUCGCUUUUUAACGCUAUUCAGGGAUAUUACGUCGCUUUUUAACUUCUUGGUAAUAAUUUCUUGCUAUUCUGUGAGUUUCUGAGUCGGUUUUAUCCAUGGAAAGUGAAGAUACAGAAACGUUUACAGAUCCUGGACUGAAGGAUCAGUGUUUGCUUUCAGUUUUUGAGGAUCCAAAUCCGUCAAACGAGAUGACAAGCAUGGAUAAAGAUGAUUUUGAAUCCCUGCUUCUUGGCACUAGUGUCGCACCUACUACAUCAACAUCACUUGUGCCACCCCUAGAUGUGGUAUGUCAUGCUGAUAAUGCCCUUGUAUCUUCCCUGAUGUCAGAUUGCGACCAGGCUAUGUCGCCUGUGGAAUCAGCUUUUGCCACCAGUGUCUCUACCACCCCUACCAUGUCUCCAUCACCGUUUUCCUAUUCUCCGUCUUCUGAGUCGGGCUAUGAGGAUGAUUGCGAGCAGGAUGGUGGUAUUUCGCGCCAGGCAAAUGCGUGGAUGGAGUGUGAUGAUACACCUGCACUUGCAGAUUUGCUAAAAAACAACACAGCUUUUCUGCCAGAGGCAAAAACUAGCCAGCAAGAGUCGACUAUCCAAAGAGCCUGCGAAGAGCUCCAGAAGCUGAUUGCAUCAACAUGCAAUUCAACUGUCCAGAUGCCAGCAACUGUUGCUUCAGUAUCUACACAGGCUGCAUCCCCAACACUGCCAUCAUAUACCCAGAAUGGCUUGGUGUCUGCUCCUCUGUCUACAACAAUUGGUUUAGCAACAACAUCUGACCCCAUGGACAUAACAAGAAAUCAUUUGAGUGUGCCGUCUGCUGAUAAGACAGCAAUUUGUGAACCCAAGCUUGUAUUACUGGAGGAACCAGAAGAGAAUUACCGUGCUCGUUACGAAAGUGAAGGCUGCCGAGGGCCAAUCCACGGCAGUAGUGACAACACUUUUCCCACAGUAAAGGUACUGGGCUACUCUGGCUCUGUCUGGAUAACUGUGCACCUGGUGACAAGCUCAGGCCAGCCACACUACCAUUCCAUCCAUGGACCAGGUUCUACCAAGGUCCCAUGCAAGGAGUUCUUGUUACCUGGUGAAAUUCCUGCUGUGCAAGUGCUUGUCGAACCAGAUUGCGAUAUGACUGCUAUUCUCGACUCUCUGAGUAUCAGGAGAUUAAGGAACUGGGAAGGGGACAAAGAAUUAAAAAAGAGAGGAAUUGACCCAAGGACAUGGAAGAAGGAGAGAAAAGAAGCAAGGCUUCUGUUUCAGGCAGAUAUCCCUGCCAAAGAUGGUCUUCCCGAGAUGAAGCUAUCUUGUAAAUCCAGAAUAUUCCAGUGCAGUUCGUCUGGUGCCACUGGUAACCCUGAGAUCUGGUGGACCAGUCGAACAGAGGGUUGUGUAGAGGGUGGAGAAGAGUUGGGUCUUAUUGGCAAGAAAUUCCCCACAGGUUUCAAAGUCCGAUUCUCUGCCAAUCUCCCUAGCGGCAAGGUUUGGGAGGCUCUUGUUGAUUGCGAUAAGAAUAAGUCACACCAGGGUGCUGGAGUUAUAUGUACUCCUCCCUUCUUUGACCUCAACAUCAUGUCACCUAUGAGAGUAAACCUGGAGGUUCUUAGUACCAGUAAGAAUGCAAAGUGCAGUGACCCAGUUGAAUUUACUUAUCAGCCACGACCACAUAACUCUGCAAUUGCAAAUGUGUCAGCUUGCCUAUCCACUCCUGGACAGGAUUCCAUUGCACAGGGGGGAUUUGUUACUGCACUUCAGGGGGGGACAACCAUUACAACUCUUCCAUCUUGCAGCAAAUUAAUCAACUGCACAGCUACACCUAUGCAGCCUUGUGUCGUACCUGCGCAAACCAAAGAAAGCGAUGAAACUGAUUGGCAAAGAAUCAUCGUUCAAUUAAAAGAACUUCACCAAAAAGGGGAAAUCACAACUCAAAACAUCAAGGAUCUUUGUGUGUGCAUACAAAACAAGGACCUGUUGUUGUUACAAGCCUUUCGCUCAGCCAAAAAUGCAGGUACGAUCGAGGAGUGCCAGCUCAAGUUCAAGCAGUACCUCUCGCAUUUGUUGGAAGCCUUUGUGGUUCAUCAGCCUUGUACAUUAAUAAUGCAUGGUAGUAAGUAAUGUACUUUCAAGAAGCUUCUUAUGUGACAUCGUUAGAACACAAAAAUAUUCAUGUACCCGAAUUAACUUCUUGUGAGAUCAUUUGCUUUGUAUAUAAGGUAGUGAUGGUACCAAUUAUUGUACAUUAUUAAAACACUAUGUGUUUAAAUUAAGUUAUAGUAAGUUAUUAGAGAUAACAAAACUCGAAGAGACUGUCCUAUAGCUGAAAUACGUGCCCAUUACUGAGAGAUUAUUUAUAGAUGAGCAGAUUGUAUUCUAAGAUGUACGUCAUAAAAAUACCAUUUUGUGCAUAUAUACCUAUGAGUGUUUCUUUUUCAACAGUAUGGCAAUAAAAAUUUGGAUGUAAUUAUUGAAAUAAAGAAUGAGUUGUUUAACAAAA